UGACAGUUAAAUGCAGCUAAAGCCACGGUUUGUUCUUAGCUGUCAUCCACUCUCCACGCCCCACUAGAGCUCCAGUUCGCCGUGACCCGUCAACAACCUACCAAACUAGAGGCCAAAGACGAGCGUUUGCGGCAGCCCCGACAUGUCUCGAUGGCCGAGACAUACCCUUCCCUCGCGCAAUGUGCGAUAGUGGCGGCUGCUUUCAAGAUCCUGCUUUUCCCGGCCUAUAAAUCCACCGACUUCGAGGUCCAUCGGAACUGGCUCGCCAUCACGCACAGCCUGCCGCUAUGGGACUGGUACUACGAGAAGUCGUCGGAAUGGACGCUCGACUACCCGCCCUUCUUUGCCUACUUCGAAUGGAUAAUGUCGCAGGUCGCAAACCUGGCCGACCCUGCCAUGCUGCGGCUGUACAACCUCGAGUACGAUAGCUGGCAGACGGUCUACUUCCAGCGCCUGAGCGUCAUUGUCACGGAGCUCGUUCUGGUCUACGCAUUACAGAUGUUCGUCGACUCGUCGCACGGGACGUCUAAACGCGCCGCCCAGGCCGCCGCCAUCUCCAUCCUGCUCUCGCCGGGACUGCUCAUCAUUGACCACAUUCACUUCCAGUACAAUGGCUGCAUGUAUGGCAUCCUGAUCGCGUCUCUGGUGCUGGCGAGGAAGAGGUCGACGCUGCUCCUCAGCGGGCUCGUGUUUGGUGCCCUGCUGUGCAUGAAGCACAUCUACCUCUACCUGGCGCCCGCCUACUUUGUCUUCCUCCUGAGGACCUACUGCCUGUCGCCCAAGUCCAUCUUCCGGAUCCAGUUCCUCAACUGCCUGAAGCUGGGCGGAGGGAUCGCGGCCAUCUUCGGUACCGCCUUUGGCCCUUUUGCGCUCAAGGGCCAGAUCCCGCAGAUCCUGAGCCGGCUGUUCCCAUUUUCGCGGGGGCUGUGCCAUGCCUACUGGGCGCCCAACGUCUGGGCCAUGUACUCGUUCAUCGACAGGGUCUUGAUCGUGCUGGCGCCCCGGAUCGGGCUGUCGGUCAAGGCGGGCGCGCUGCAGAGCGUGACGCGCGGUCUGGUCGGCGACACGGCGUUUGCCGUGCUCCCGGAUAUCACGCCGCGCCUGUGCUUUGCCCUGACACUGCUGUUCCAGGCGAUCCCGCUGGUGCGGCUCUUCCUAGUGCCGACGUGGGAAAACUUCAUCGGAGCCGUCACGCUGUGCGGCUACGCGUCGUUUCUGUUUGGCUGGCACGUGCACGAGAAGGCGAUCCUGCUGGUCAUCAUCCCCUUCAGCCUCAUCGCGCUCAAAGACCGGCGGUAUCUGGGGGCAUUCCGGCCGUUGGCGGUGGCGGGCCAUGUGUCGCUGUUCCCGCUGCUUUUCACGCCGGCCGAGUUCCCCAUAAAGACCAUCUACACGGUGUUCUGGCUGGUGCUGUUCCUGAUGGCCUUUGACCAGCUGGCGCCGGCGUCGCGGCGGGCGCGCUUCUUCCUGUUCGACCGCUUCAGCACGCUCUACAUUACGGUCAGCAUCCCGCUGAUCCUGUACUGCUCGCUGGCGCACGGGGUCGUGUUUGGCAAGAACUACGAGUUUCUCCCCCUAAUGUUUACGAGCUCGUACUCGGCGAUAGGGGUUGUCGGCAGCUGGGUGGGGUUUAUGGUGGUGUAUUUUACGUCCUAGAGGGCUGCGGCCACGGCUGGAAUCGCUGCACCGGUAAUUCGGCUUCAAUGUAUCUCGGUUGUAGCUUUUCGACGCGGCAUGGCGUGUUUUGUUAGUCAAAUAUAGCCCUGCGCACGGAGCUGCAAGUGACAAUAGCUAUUUCGUAUGUUAUUCUUAUAGCCAUGUUGCCAU